GCCAGAUGAAGCUAGCUGGCUGCUUAUAACGCUAGCUUUGGGCAACAGGGUUAAGUAGCUAGCUAGCUAGUUAUUUUCAUGAACUGAAGUUCGAUUUCAAUAGGAGAACAACAAGUGGCUACCUAGCUAAUACUUACUCACGUGGAUUCCUAAAUCAUUCCUAAGAAUAUUGAAAAUUACUGCAGUUUCUACUAGUCAUUGUUUUAAGGCUGGUUGCAUUAGUGCUAGCUAGGAUGGUACCAAGCAAAAGUUUCUAAUAACAUCUGUAUCAAAGAUAUUUGCAAACAUUUUUGAUCAUGCUCUUAUUUCAAAUGAUCACACAGACGUUUCCCCAUUCGGUCGAACAAAUAAUGCCUUAUUACCAACGCGGUAUUGUAAACACAACGUGCAAAUUCAGCACACACAACAUUCCAUAAUAUAAUUUUGUUAUUUGACGUGUCAAAUUAAAAGCUUAUUUGACGCGUCAAAUAGUGUUUUUUGACGUGUAUCUUUUUUGAGACGCAAAGACCCAAACGGCGUUCCCUAAAGAACAUUGUUUGCAUCCAUCAGUUAGCUAGCUUUUUUUAUGACCAGCACUGCCAGAGCUUGGGGAAGUGUGUCUGCGUUCAAGUGCAGCAGCCGCAAGUGCGCGAGACAAACCUUUACCAGCAUCAUAGCAUAGGUAUCGGUGAAUCGCUGUGACAUGAAAUACGAGUGAUGGUGUAAUCAAUGUAUAAUAACUAAGUAAAAUAUUAAUGAACGUGUUAAAGUAUUAAGUGAUGUGCAAAGACCCAAUGAUACACACUAUUCUAAAAAACAAGGUGUCACAAAAUGUUAGACCAUGAGUCCAAACGACGACGUCGAAAUGUUUGCAUUACGCAACGUGCCUACAUGGCAACGCUCGACCCCGCCCAUGUGAAAUUGUUGGAAGAAUUGACCAACCAAAUUCUACUUUAUCCAUAACAACCAAUAGCAAGAUACCAGGGCGUGCCUCAUUCCGUGUGGAAACUUUACCGGCUCGGGUGCAAAGUUUCAGCCGUCUGCAAAUCAAAGUCUACGGCUAACGUUUCUGAAAUAUACCCUCGUCUUCUAAUUUGCCCAGUUGACCGCUUUUGAGAAACCAACAUCUGUCUUUGCUGCAUCUGGAAUUGGAGUCGGUUGUAAUCGUACGAUAAUGACGAAUUUUUAGCGAGCAUAUACAUAUUUACAAUACGUGGUGGAAUCCCAUCAUAUGCUUCCAGUCUCGAUUGGCUCGCUACAGAUAGCAUAUUGUAAGCUAACUAGCUAGCUAACUCAGUUAUCUAAAUAAGUGACCAGCGGAUAAAAAUGGCUUGUGAGCCUAAUCGUGUGCGGCUACUAUGCAUGCUUUCAUUGACAUUUGGCUUUUUUAUCGUGGAGGUAGUCGUCAGUCGGAUCACGGCAUCUUUGGCAAUGCUGUCGGACUCCUUUCAUAUGCUAUCGGAUGUCAUAGCGCUGGUUGUGGCUUUGGUGGCGGUGCGCUUCGCUGAGAAAACGCAAUCGACUAAUAAAAACACCUUCGGAUGGAUCCGGGCGGAGGUGAUGGGGGCUCUGGUAAACGCAGUGUUCCUCACAGCUCUCUGUUUCACCAUUAUCUUGGAGGCCGUCGAGCGAUUCACCAACCCACAUGAAAUCGAGAAACCCCAUGUAGUCAUCGGUGUGGGGGCCGCCGGGCUCCUGGUCAACCUCCUCGGGCUGUGCUUGUUCCACGGACACGCAGGUGGUGGACACGGGCACUCUCACGGAGGAGGCCAUUCUCAUGGAAAUAAGAAAAACAAGAGGGGUAAAAUAUGCAAGUCAGAAAGACCGAAUGGAUCAUCAGGAGAGGAGUCCAACAACCUGGUGGGAAGCCACAACAGCCCCCCUAAUGGCGUGAACACCGAGAGACAUAGACAUGAGAUCGUUCGCAACGACAGCGAGGUGCAUAUGAACGGCAGCGUCGUCUACGAGGACAUGGACCACAGCCACGACGAGGCCUCGCUCAACAUGCGUGGAGUCUUCCUGCACGUGCUGGGUGACGCCCUGGGCUCGGUCAUUGUGGUGGUCAACGCCCUCAUCUUCACCUUUGUGUGGCGGCCGUGCCCGCCUGGCGAGACCUGCUUCAAUCCCUGCCACUCGACCGACCACCAGCAUGUCAACCACACCCUGGUGGACCUGUUUGUGGACAGCAACGGUUCUAGCUUUCAGCGGACCAUGGUGGGGCCCUGCUGGGUGCUCUACCUGGACCCCACGCUGUGCAUCAUCAUGGUGGGCAUCCUGCUCUACACCACCUACCCGCUGCUCAAGGAGUCUGCGCUGAUCCUCCUGCAGACGGUGCCCAAGCAGAUCGACAUGCACCGCCUUAACGAGCGGCUGCUCUUGCUGGACGGUGUGCUGGCCAUUCAUGAGCUGCACAUCUGGCAGCUGGCGGGCUCGCGCAUCAUCGCCACAGCGCACAUCAAGUGCCAUGACCCCACAUCCUACAUGGACGUGGCCAAGCGCAUCAAGGACUUCUUCCACAACGAGGGCAUCCACGCCACCACCAUCCAGCCCGAGUUUGUCACGGUCAACUCCGAAUCAAGUGCCUCCCUAUGCGAGCUCUCCUGCCGGACGCAGUGCGCGCCCAAGUUGUGCUGUGGCGCCACAGACAAGCCGGGUGUUGCCGGCACUGGUCCGGCAGGCACGGAGAAGGGGCCGAGCGGCGAGGGGAAGGCGCUGGCGGCCUCAGCAAUGGAGGUGAUCAGCGAGAUCCCAGAGGGAGCAGCUGGAGCCGGAGCUUCAGUUCUGGAGCAGGCGGCCGCUGCAGUCAUCCAGGUGGUCCCCCGGAUCCCAGAGCCCGAGGUCAUUAUCACUCGAGAGGUGGAGUCUUCUCUGUGAGACAGACCAGACCAGAGACAGUCGGAGGAGGGAUAGAAUCACUACUGAAGUGGACGGAAGUUUUUAAAGUGCAGGCCAAAGUCAACAGUGGGUUGUCGUGUGUACAGCGCUAUCUGAUUCUGGAGACACUGGUAGGAAAAUGGCUCCACUACCGCGCUCUUGUUUGAAGAUGCCCUUUGUUCCCAGCCCUUAACCCUCCCACUGCCUACCCCCCUCCAUGGCCAACCCCUCGCCACCUCCUCACCUCUGACCUCCUCACCCACCGGGGGCGCGGCCUGGUCUGGCCUGCUGCAUGUGUGUCCUUCCCCUCGUUAGCACCGUGUUGUGAUGCGUCACUGUCGUCCCGUCCCACCAUGGUGUCUCUGUGCCAAAGCUUCUCAAUGUAGGACAGAAGGGAGACUCCCCUCCAACAAGGACCAAGAGCAAACAGGACACAUUCAAGGCCAAGCGCACCUGUCUACUCCGCAGGUCUUUUUGUUGAUCUAUGGACCUUUUCAUUUAUGCUUUUAUUUUAAAAAUUUUUGGGAUAGGCUUUGAACAACUAUUUUCUUAGCCUCGGCCCCACAAUGGAAAAUUGUUAUAUUACAAACUUUUUUAAAUGUAUUUAAGUUAUUAGUAAUGAUCCAUAAUUUUCUCUGUAGAUGCUUUUAUAAUAUUUAGUUUGGAUGAUAGAUUUAAUUUGUGAAAAUUUUCUGAAUAUUUGACAAACCAUCUAUGCUAUAGACUUGUUUUUUAAAAUGUGAUGUUUUUUUAAAUGAAUUUUUCUCAGACUUUUUCUGGCCUUGACUCUGUUUUAAUGGCAGUAGUUAGUUGAAUGCAUAGUGAAAACACCUCUCACCUCGCCUAUACUUCAAACUGCUUUGAAAUAGCACUGAGUACUGUUCAAGUUAAGUACUGUAGGUUAUCUUUUAUCAGCAAACUUCAACAACAUUUUUAUUCAACAACAACAAAAAAUCGGAUGCCUUGCAAGCCUGGGGGUCUAUCACUGAAGAAAAUGAGCACUACAAAAUGUCGAAAACAAUAUAUAUAUGUAUUUUUUUUUGUCAUUUAGCAGACGCUCUUAUCCAGAGCGACUUACAGUUAGUGA